AUGGUCGCGACGGACUCCGGUAGUAACUCCCAGUCGCGAGGAUGCUUUCAAUGCUCGAAGCGCCGGAUUGUCUGCGACAGAGGGGAACCUACCUGCUUCAAAUGCCAGAAAAAAGGGAUCGAGUGCUCAGGAUCGGGUCGCUUUCGCUUCAGCCCCGGCCUGGCGACUCGGGGAAGACUAAAAGGCUGCACGAUCCCGAUACCUGAUGUCGACCCCAAAUCGGUAUACCAAGAAGCCUCAAAUACCCCUCGUCCUAUUCGGUGGAAGGACGAUCGGAUAAGAGUCAACAAAAAGCAGAAGCCUCGAAAUAGCGGGAAGGAGCCGAACCGGAAUGGAUUGGCCGUAGAGGGGGGUUCGGUCAUUAGAGGCACAGACCAUGCACAGUCAAUGUCUGCUGGAAGUCGGGACAUUGUCUCUGGCUCAGCACAAGUGGUGGUUAGUCAUGCACUAUAUAAUGACAACCAGCCCUCAGUAAUGGAGAUGGCUGUCGGCCAGUGGAUCGCACCGGUCGAUCACAGAACCCGCGAAUCAUUCGACUACUUCGCUAGAUAUGUCGCUCCUGUCAUGGUUGUCCUCGAUAUCUCGAAUGGCUACCGGGACAUCAUCCUUCCCAUGGCUUUCGAAGAUAGCCUUCUACAGCAGGCUGUUGCUGUUGUUGCCGCGCAACAUCUUGGCUCCCGACACCCCUCGUGUCGAGCGGCAACCGAGUCCAGCCGGUCCGCAAUAAUCUCUCGAUUACGACGUGAUUCUCUGCUUGGAUCACCCGACCUAGUAUUCAAUUCAUCGACUUGGGCAACUCUGAUUGUCCUACUUGUUGGGGAAACCGUUACCGGCAGCUCCGAGUAUAGCCACCUGUUACGGACUCUCCUUACUCUGGCCCAAAACAUGAAAUCUGUCGGAAAUACCGAGCUGAGAGAUUUUCUCACAAAGCAGACGGACAUGUUUGCGUUCCUCGGACAGCCACUUCUGAAUGAGGACCUAGGCGCCGAGAGACUUAGAAACCCUGUCGACCCAAGUGUCUGGAUGGCUUCGAGAGUGAAUGCUGAUUCGCACCAUCACAGAACAUUGUCGCUGGUGAAACAAGUCUUCUCAAAAGGCGCACAAAUAUACCUUCAACGUGCGACCACGAAUCAAAGUUCUUGGCACGUGUUGGAAGAGCUGCGCCAGCUUCUUUGUCAGAUGAGCCCCACGGAGCCGGGUGCUCAUGGAUUCGUAUGGUCAUGUUUCAUUGCAGCAGCGGACAGCGUUGACCCCGAGCACAGAGCCUUUUUCAGCGAGUAUCUGAAAGGGGUGUAUUCACGAACAAUGUUCGACAAUAUUCCUAAAGCUCUUGAUGCCUUGCCUGCCAUUUGGGAUCUGCAGGGUUCCGCUAAGUGGACCGAAAACCUGCCCCGUCUGUCACCUAUUUUGAUCAUGUGA